ACAAGGGAAAGAAGAGCAAAUGCCACAAGAAAUCCAAUCCUAUUGGAUACAACUAACACAUCAAUCAAAACACCCAAUGACUUGUAACCAGCUAUGCCAGGUGUACUUCUACACGACUGGAGUAUAUAUCUUGCAGCCAAAACUCUUAAACAAGGUUCUAAAAAACUAGCGCCCAGAACAAAAAUUAUGUCACGUCCCUCUAACUAAGAAAACAUCAUCCUUUCUUAAUUUGGGAAUUUUUAAGUAUGGAGGGAGAAGUGUAUUCUACAUCCUCUCCACCAGAAGCAGCUGCCGAAUCCGAGUCUUUAACCUGCCCAGAAGCUGUAAGAAAUCCAAGGAAGACAAAGAACAAGAACAGGAGGAGGUUUAGUGAAGAACAAAUUAGGUCACUGGAGUCGAUUUUUGAGUCGGAGACGAAGCUUGAUCCAAGGAGGAAGCUGCAGCUGGCUAGAGAACUUGGACUGCAACCGCGGCAGGUAGCUAUAUGGUUUCAGAACAGAAGAGCAAGAUGGAAGUCGAAGGAAAUCGAGCAAAGCUAUAGAGUACUCAAAGGCAAUUAUGACAGUCUGUAUUCCCAGUUUGAGUGCUUGAAGAAAGAGAACCAGUUGUUGCUCACACAGUUGCAGGACUUAAAUGAUCUGCUGGAAAAGGGGCAUGAUCAGAGCAGCAGAAGAAGGGAUUUGUGUGGAAAUGGCGCCUGCGGUGUCUCUGAUAGUGGAGAUACAAAAUGUUACGUUAAAACAAAGCCAAGUUGCUUGAACGAAGGUCCAGGGCUAGUGGUCACUUACUCAGAUGAGGAGAGAAAUGCUGAGUUCUUUCAGCAGGAAAAAGAAGAAUUUCUGAACAUGAUUGGCCAAGUAGAUGGUUCCCUGCGAUCACAUGACAAAGGGUGCAACUUGGACUCUGACGGUCUUUUUGAUCAGUCAUGUGGCAGUUCAAACUGGUGGGACUUCUGGACUUGGAAAAAUGUACACCAUUCUCCAGAACAAUAGAAGCUCUCUGGGAAGAUUGAAGACCGUUUGUUUGCGUAGGCCGUAGGGGUGAGGAAGCUGAGUACUGAAAAGAAGAUUGCUCCACAGAUGAAGCAAUGCUAAUCUAUGAUUUCAACCACAUCACAUAGGUGAGUUAACACUCCCUCAGCAGGGCGGAUGAGGUAAAUUCAUCAAUAACAGGUGAAAGAAGCAAUGGGAGUUGGAAAGUGACGAGAGAGCAUGUUCAGGAACGGUGCCAAUUAUGUUUUUGUUUGCAAAUCUGAACUUUGUGAGUUUGUACAAAUACUAUGCCGAAAACUAGUUCAAGUAGUACAAUUUGUGUGAAACUUCAAGUAAUACAAAUGGUCAUAGGCAACUAGGAAAUUGAGCUCA